GUGUGUGUAAAAUGCAUGUGUAAAGUGGAACACAAUCAAAAACAAGAUCACACGCCUAAAAACAACAGCAGCAGUGUGUAUUUCUGUCCUCAACACCCAUUUUGUGCAGGCUGUAACAAACACAUGGCUCUAAUUUCAGUGUCAGAGCCUCAUGGAGAAGCGAGUGGUGAAGAAGAACACAUAGAUGUGUGUGAGGAGGAGAAAACGGAGGAGAAUUCACAGACUCAGAUCAACAGGGAAAUGGCGAGUUCUGAACUGACCAAUGGGAGCGCAGAGGAGACCAAGUCUGGCCAAUCAGAGAGUGAGGAGAGGGCGUUUAUCAUGAACCUGUAUCGGUUUAUGAAGGAAAGAGGCACACCCAUCGAGAGAAUUCCUCAUCUCGGCUUUAAACAGAUUAACCUGUGGAAAAUCUACAAGGCUGUGGAGAUACUCGGAGGCUACGAGUCGGUGACGACCCGGCGGUUGUGGAAGAACGUAUAUGAUGAGUUGGGAGGUAGUCCGGGCAGCACCAGCGCUGCUACCUGCACUCGCAGACAUUAUGAAAGGUUAGUUCUACCUUACGAAAGGCAUCGGAGGGGAGAGGAAGACAAGCCACUUCCUCCAUCUAAACCUCGUAAACAGUACAAGAGGAGUGAAGAGGGCAAGGGCAAAAACGAGAGCAAGAAAAGACGCAGAGGAGAUGGAGAUGAUCCUGAGGAAGUCCUGAAAGGAAGUCACCCCUGUGAGAGAGGAGUGUGUUCUCACUCUGGACCAUGGCCGGUUUCUUCAGAUAAUUCGGAUAAUGACCAGGUCUCACCUCAAGACAUGUGCCUCAGAGAGAAGCCUCUUCUUCAGCCACUAGUCCCUGCCCUUGUUAUUUCCCCUCUGGAGAAAAAGAAGCGUCUGGCGCAGGCAAGCUUGAGCAUAGCUCCCCCUGCUGGCUUGGAGGAUGGAACAGAACCUGAGAGACCAUCUGUGAUUCACCUGUCACAUAUGUCUACACCUUCCGGACACGAAAGUCACGCUUCUGACAGCUCGCCCCUGCCUCUCUCCUCCCCCUCACCUUCACGGAGCAACUCCCCUUUCUCCGUGUCCUCUGAGGACUGUGCAACCGUUCCAAUCCAGAAGACACCAGUUCCAGAAACGAAGAAGCAUAAACCAGCACGCUUCGGAGCUUCUCCUAAAUCUAUUGGGCGUGUGUGCCAGCCGUUACCCCUCAUCCAUUACCCCUGCCCCAAAGAUAUGUCCUCUUUGCCACGCCAACUUCACCACAGCUUCCUGAACCUCACAUCUACAUACCCAGACAAAACACAGAGACACCCAUCAGUCCGGAUACCCAUGGUGCCUCAAGCUAAUUCAAGCUUCACCAAGGUCGUCCCUCGCUCCCACGACCACUGGAGGCCAGUGUCAUUCCAUUCACUAUAUAAAAACCACACUCCCAAUUCCAAGAGGCCAAGUAGCACAGAAAAGAUCCCGUCUACUCUACGCUUCCCAGAUCGGAAUGACAAAUCCAAGAUGGUGGUUCCCAAGCCAAUGCCGACGCAGCAGUACCUUGUGCACCAAACCGGAUUGCCCACCUUGCCAUACCUGCUGUCAGGUUUCAACCGGCCCGGAGCGGAGGCGCUGGAACAGAUGAAAGCUUUACCCUUUCAACCCAUUCUCUUCCCUCAUCUCAGCAUUCCUCAGUCCCAGACUCAUCCCACACAUCCCCUGCAGGGUCCCUUUCCCGGGCCGUACGAGGCCACGUUGCGUCCUUACCCGUACCCGGUGCCGGUCUGGCAUCCACCUGCCGGAUUCAGCAUGGCAACACUGCAGCCAUAUUAACCCCUGCAACUUGGAUUGGAUUGUCACCUGUUUGUAGUGGUUAUAGCUUGACACAGGGUCAUUAUAAUGUAGCUUAUGUUAUGUUAUGCAUAAGAAAUUCACACCAGUAGUCAUUUUACUUCCACUAUGUAUGAUGACUUGAAUCUCUUGACAAAUGUUUUUUUUAAUUCAAUGUUAUUUGUUUAUCUCAACUUAAAAUACAGAUUUCCACAUCACAUCAGCUUCUUAUCACUUCAGAAUCCUCCGGAUUUGAUCGGGCGCAGGUUAAAAUUAGAGAUAGCAGUUCACAAGGCAUAUUUUUCCUUAAAAGAUCUUUUUCUCUGAUGAUGUGAUAGAAAAAUCUCAUUUUUAAGUACUGAAUGCUACUAAACUGUAAGAAACCAUAAGUAAUAUUAGUAAUAAUUAAAAACAAACAAGAAUAUUAUCGAUCUAUUACUUCGCACUACUGACCGAAUCCUUCCAAUGAAGUAAUGUGUUUGUUAACAUGUAUAUUUUUUACUGUGUAUAUAAUAUAUUUUUUUUAUUAAAUAAAUUUGCUGUGUAUAAAAUUCCUCUCAGGUUUGACAAACGUUAUACUGUGUAGUGCACUGAACUGAAAUAAAUGAACUAUUUUGUUGCA